GACCAGGUCUGUCCGAGCAUGACUUUCCAGCAGCGACUAUACGCAUUUGCCAUCUGCUUCUGCAUCAGCGUCGCAAUCUCGAUCACAUCGGUCUUUUCCGUCGCGCAGCUGAUCGGUGGCAGGCCAGGCCCGUUUGCCGUGAAGUACACGCUCGGCAACGUGCUCUCUCUCCUGUCGACAGGCUUCAUUCUCGGCCCAAAGCGGCAGAUCAAGAACAUGAGCCACCCGACCCGGGCCGCCUCGGCGCUGGUCUACAUCGGUGCGAUGGUGGCGACGCUCGUCAGUGCGGUCGGUUUGCAGAACGCGCUGCUUGUGCUCGUGAGCGUCAUCGUGCAGUUUGCCGCAAUG